AGAGGGACUGGUUCGUACCGGCGGCGCCUGCAGUGACCGGCUGGUGUCCGUGAGCACCCGGGUGUCGAUAACGUGGACACGAGAGAUCAUAUAAGUCGAGACGGUGUUUUCCCCUCGAAGAGAUCGCCGCCAAGAAAAUCAGUGUCCUCGCCCGAGUCUAGUGGGUGUCAAGAAAAGAAUCGGUCUGGCUAGCUCGCGUGCGUCUAUCUCUAUCUCGAUCCGUCUGCCUUUCCUGUGCCUGCCCCUUCCUCCGGGCCCCGGUUGAUCUGUCUCUUUUCAACAAACGGGGACAGAUCGAAUACGGCGUGACAGCGAUCGACUUGCUCCGAUACUGCACGGACAACCCUUGCGCUCUUUUUUCCAAGGUUUACGCGGUUUUCCAUGUCAACGACACGCGCGCUCCUGCCAAGGCCAGCGUGCUACGCCCUGCACAGAGCAGCCUCCGUUUUCUUCGCCGUCAAGCAACCGAUUCGCGCAUCGUUCGUACCCGUCGCCGACGACCCGUUGUCAUCCACGUCGUGCCUAUCGUCGUUGUCAUUGUUGUCGACUCGUCGGUGGUCGAAAAGGGCCGGCGAGCAAACGCGUACGUGCAGGGCCAUCGGCAGGCUGAGGAGAAGGAGACAGGACAGCGUCGCUCACGCCAGCCUGAGAUGAGCGACCAUGGCUGCAUACACUUGAAUAAUUUCAAAGCAGCCAAGGGUAUCCAGCCAUACAAAGUGAUACACUCCUAUUUCGUGACCAGCACGUCGACCGAGGCACGCGUAAGAAAGGCUGUAAGCUGUUUAUGUCACACAUGUAAAUCAUAUAAGGACCGUCUUCAUUCUUGCCUUCACUGCAUAUUUUUUGGCUGCUAUGUAAAAGGUCACAUACAGGAACAUGCAAAGACAAAAAAGCAUUUCUUAGCUGUUGAUCUUUGUUAUGGAAAUAUCUUGUGCUUCCAAUGUGGAGAUUAUGUAUACGAUAGAGAGUUAUUGGCAGUUGCCAAAUCACAGUGGAGCGAAUCUGCAAAAUCCCUGAGCUUUGGAGAAUUUUAUCGAGCAUGGGAACCAACACAAAUAGAGGCUGAGUUAUUGAGGAAACAUCCACGCAGAAGGCGUGUUGUAGAAAAUUCUACUAUAGGUCUAAGAGGACUUAUAAAUCUUGGAAGUACAUGUUUCAUGAAUUGCAUUGUACAGGCCCUCAUCCACACACCACUGUUAAGAGAUUAUUUUCUUGCUGACCGUCAUCACUGCCCACAACCCAGUCGCUGCCUAGUCUGUGAAGUGUCCCAUCUUUUUCAGGAAUUUUAUUCUGGUAGCAAAGCACCGUUAACGCUUCACAAGCUUCUCCAUUUAAUAUGGACGCAUGCCAGACAUUUAGCAGGUUACGAACAGCAGGAUGCCCACGAAUUCUUUAUAGCUACGCUCGACGUUUUGCACAGGCAUUGCGAGGCAGCGCCGAUUUUAGUAAAAGAUAAUCCGCAUCAUUGCAAUUGUAUCAUCGAUCAAAUCUUUACCGGUGGGCUACAGAGCGACGUGGUUUGCCAGGCAUGCAACGGUGUAUCGACUACUAUAGAUCCGUUUUGGGAUAUAUCAUUGGAUCUGGGUCCAGCAGCUAGUGCGUCGGGUUCCGACAGUUCUGGUCCUCCUACGUCUCUAUUGGAUUGCCUGGAAAGGUUCACACGUGCAGAACAUUUAGGAUCCAGUGCAAAAAUCAAAUGUAGUAAUUGUCAGACAUACCAAGAGAGCACCAAACAACUGACGAUGAAGCAACUUCCUAUCGUGGCCAGUUUUCACUUAAAACGAUUCGAACACUCUAGUAUACAGGACAAGAAGAUCUCCACAUUCAUCUCAUUUCCGGAACAAUUGGACAUGACGCCCUUUAUGUCACACAGACGGAACGGCAACAACAACAGCUCGAUGAUGGAUGGUCUGCCAAAGAAUGGAGAAGACAUGGCGUUCAGCGAUAACAGAUACUCGCUGUUCGCAGUGAUAAAUCACGAAGGUUCUUUGGAAACUGGACACUACACUGCCUUUAUACGGCAGCAAAGAGAUCAAUGGUUUAAAUGCGACGAUCAUUUAAUCACGAGAGCAAGAUUAAAAGACGUCUUGACUAGUGAGGGGUAUCUUCUUUUUUAUCAUAAACAAAUUUUGGAGUACGGUCGAAACGCCAAGGUGUAAACAUUAGAUCAUGUAAUUAAUUUAUUUAUCACGACGAAUCAUGGGCGGUAGACUUAAGUCCUUUAGCAUCUUAAGAGAUACAUACACGAGCAGCUAAUCCUGUUCUGAAAAGUAUCUCGGAAAUCUCGUCCGACCUACACAAAUUUACUUUUAUUGGUCGAACGCGCAUGAACUGCGCAACAGCAAAUUACAUGUUAACAAAAAAGAAACGAAAAACAAGGGCCUCAGAGAAAGAAAUUUCUGAAACACUGAAUUCGUAAAAAAAAUGUAAUAGAUGAAGAUAUAUUCGAAAUUCGAAGAAUAAAUUAAUGAACGACUCUACUAUUACGCUUUGAUCAUGAGAUUGAGCAGAUAAAACUAGAAAUUAAUUACUGUUACGAAAAAAAUAGGCAAGAUCGACGGGAUGUCGUUCUGUUAGUAUAAAUGUUUGUCGUGAUGUUCGAACUUUUAAUUGUCAACAUUCUGAAGAGUGUUAAAGAUUUAAGGAGAUCAUCGUGUUCGCUGUAAUUUGUCGUUUCACUAUCUUUCUUUUCCACCAUUGUUUCGUGUUUGACGAAAUAUCUAGGUUGGCGCACACGGCGAUCGAUUUUCCCUAUUCUCGUGUCUUAAAAUAAUAUAAGCGUAGUUUUUAAGAUUAGCUCAAUUUUUUUAAAUGACCGAUCGCAUUUUUGUAUAUCGCUGACUGUUAUUAUAUUCCUGCCCUGACACUUGUAUACACAAGACACCAAGGAUGGAUCACACGAUCAUGAUUUUUUGAUUAAUGAAUUAUUUACAUUUGUUCCUAUCAAAUUCUUAAUAACUCUAGCAUGCAUUACGUAAAAUCAAUUAUCUAAAUUAUUUUUUGACUCAAUUCGUUGUGUCAACCAUCCGUUGGUGAAUCAAUUUUGUACAAACGAAGUAACAUAUAUUUAAAAAGGGGGAUAAUGGUAUUAUCCAAACAAGGCGAAUUAUUUCGCGUGACUGUGUAUAAUAAAAGAUCAUUGUUUGACAUAUUUCUUUCUGGUUGCCCGUUUCACUUUUUUCUUCUCGAUGAUUCAAAAUUAAUUGUUUUCUGUACACCAGAGUCUACAGAGAGUGCCAACCAAUUGCAUUAUUAGUUCUUAAUUUAUUGCUUAUCACCAUUACUGUUAUACUCUAUUUUGUAUCAAGUUUCUGUUGGAUGUAAGAAUAAGUGUUUCAUUACAUUUUGUUGAUUUCGCUGUUGGUUUCUAUGAUAUUCAGAUGUCUAUAUUAACUUAACAAUAUUAAAAGAUCAUUUUAUUAUGUUGGAUUUCAUUGUCCACUUAAGAAGGCAGUAGAUCAUUCAUUGCUACAUCCAGUAUGUUGUGUUCACAGUUUUGUGUACAUGUUUCAUCAAGACACCAAGCUCCAUACAAUCUUUUCGAAAUUGAUUACUAAUGAACAAAAAUGUACAAUCCUGUAUAGAAGCGUCAAAGACCCUAUCAAGACUUCUAAGUGUGUUAAUCUAAAAUAAAACUAAAAUUUCAAUUCGUGCAUCAGCGCACAAAAGCAUGGGGAAGAAAUUGAGAAAAAUAUAUGCACCUUGAGAAAAGAUGUGCUAAAUAUUGUCAUCGUGUAGCGUACUCGUCGAUAAUACGCAUUGCAAUUUGCAAACUGCACCUAUGCGACCAUUCUCAAGAUGUACCGUUUUUGACAUGACCAAUAAUACUGUAUAUCUGAGAAUUAAUAUUACGCGUACAGUUGUAACGUGUUUUAUAUAAGGCUGAAGUAAAUAUAUACAGAAAUAAAGUUAUAUUUCGUGGAGAAA